AUGGGGUACAAACAUUCUGAAAAUAAUUAUUCACCCUUCUCCAAGAAAGUUUCAUCCUCUAUUAUCUUUGUAGCCGUGUAUGUUGAUGAUGUUAUCAUCACUGGUACCGAUUCAGUGGAGAUAGCCAACUUAAAGUCAUUCCUUGACGGACAGUUCAAAAUCAAGGACUUGGGGAAACUUCAUUACUUCUUGGGUUUGGAGGUCCUUUACAAGCCAGAUGGUGUUAUCAUCUCCCAAAUGAAGUUUACCUUAGACUUAUUAAAGGAAUAUGACUACUUUGCCUACAUCAGCUUGUCUUCUUCUCUUGAUCCUGCUAUGAAAUUGAAGGCUGAUGAAGGCACUCUUCUCCCAGAUCCUACAUACUACAUAAAAUUAGUGGGCAAACUGAACUUUCUAACCAACACCAGAUUGGAUAUAGCCUACAGUGUGUAG